AGAACUGUGUCUUUUUUCUGACGCCUCAAACUGGGCCAUAGGGGCAGUAGCUUACUUAAGAGCUGUCACUGAAGAAGGCCAUUGUGAGGUUGGAUUUGUGCUCGGAAAAGCAAAGCUAUCGCCGCAACCAGAACCCACAAUCCCUCGUCUCGAGCUCUGUGGAGCUGUUCUGGCUGUUGAGAUGGCUGAGCUGAUCUUGGAUGAACUGGACCACAAGCCAGACGUUGUUAAAUUCUACUGCGACAGCAAGGUGGUCCUUGGAUACAUCAGUAACGACUCAAAGCGCUUCUUUGUGUACGUGCACAAUCGUGUGCAUCGUAUACGCCAGACAACAUCCCCUGAGCAGUGGAAUUAUGUCCCUUCGGAACAGAACCCAGCCGACUUAGCCACCAGAUCUGUGGCUGCAUCACAGCUCAUGGACACAAUGUGGUUCAAGGGACCUGCCUUCCUCUAUAAGCCUCCAAAGCCAGAAUCGCAUGAGCACUUUGGACUGAUAAACCCUGAAAUGGAUGUGGAAAUCAAAACACAAGUGACCGCUCUAGUUACCCACACUGAAGCUAAACGACCUACCUCUGAACGAUUUCUGCGUUUCUCCACAUGGAACUCCUUGCUGAGAGCUGUUUCCUUUUUGAUACAUCAGGCACGUUCUCACAAGUCAAUCUCCACCACAGACACAUUACAGCUCAUGUGUAAAGGAUGGCAUCAGUGUAGGAGGCCUCGCACUCCUGAAGAACUUGCAGUAGCCAAGAGGCUCAUAUUAGAGACUGUUCAAAGAGAUACAUAUCCAGACGAAUAUGUGGCUUUGCAGAGUAAGAGAGAAAUCUCUAAUUCAAGUCCAAUCCUUACCCUUGACCCCUACAUCAGUGAUGGCCUGCUAAGGGUCGGAGGGCGUCUCAGACAUGCUUCACUUGAAUCAGAGAUGAAAAACCCAGUCAUCCUCUCAAAGAAUAGCCAUGUUACCAAGCUACUUGUUCAAUACCAUCACACAGAAGUGAAACACCAGGGGCGGCAGUUCACAGAAGGAGCCAUCAGAGCGGCUGGACUGUGGAUCGUUGCAGGAAAAAGGCUGAUCAGUUCUAUCCUUCAUCACUGUGUGAUAUGCCGUAAGCUCAGAGGGAAACUUGCAGUGCAAAAGAUGGCAGACCUCCCUCCAGAGCGUCUUGACACCUCUCCACCCUUCUCUUAUGUGGGGCUGGACGUAUUUGGGCCGUGGACAGUGGUGACCCGACGCACGCGAGGAGGUGCAGCGCAAAGCAAAAGGUGGGCCAUUCUGUUCACAUGUAUGGGUACGAGGGGAGUACACAUCGAAGUUAUAGAGUCUAUGGAUGCCACUAGCUGCAUCAAUGCACUACGGAGAUUCUUUGCAGUCAGAGGCCCAGCAAAGCAGCUCAGGUCAGACAGAGGGACCAACUUCAUUGCUGCCAGUGCAGAACUGGGUAUGGGUCCUCCUGAUGGAAAGCAGACCAGCAUCCUGAACUAUCUCCACAGCAAUGGCUGCACAUGGGAGUUUAAUCCCCCACACGCAUCCCACAUGGGAGGGGUGUGGGAGAGGAUGAUUGGGGUGACACGCAGAAUAUUGGACUCUAUGCUUUUGCAGAACAAACAUGCUCACCUGACACAUGAGGUUCUGUGUACUCUGAUGGCAGAGAUAACAGCAAUAAUCAACGCAAGGCCGCUGGUCCCCAUCUCAUCAGACCCCUCCUCUCCAGUUCUGCUGUCCCCUGCCAUGCUGCUGACACAAAAGCCAGGCCUACAUGCUCCACCAGGUGACUUCACCUGGAAAGAUCUCCUGAAGGGCCAGUGGAGACAAGUGCAAGUGCUUGCAAAUGAAUUCUGGGGUCGUUGGAGAAACGAAUACCUGAGCACUCUCCAUCCAAGACGCAAGUGGCACAGGACACACCGUAACCUGCAACCUGGAGACGUUGUGCUGUUAAAGCAAAGUCAAGCACCAAGGAACGAGUGGCCGAUGGCUCUGGUCACGUCGACCUUCCCAAGUCGUGAUGGAAAAGUCCGCAAAAUUGAAGUGAAGACAUCAUCUCAGGGCACCUCCCGGACUUACCUGCGCCCCAUCUCUGACGUCGUCCUUCUUCUAGAAAGUGACUGAAAAUACAUGAACUGAAAAAAAAAAAAAAAAAAAAAGUUAUUUAGUGGCAUUAUGCCAGACGGGGAGUGUUCUGUCCUCAGAUAUGUAGUUUGACAUUUGUUUGAUUCAAGUCAUUGUAUGUACAAUAGUAAUUGUAUGUAUUAUCCAGGGUUAUAUUCAUGGAGACUUUUAUAGGGACUUUUAUUUUGCCACACAGGGCACGUAGGUAGGCCACGUUGUUUACGUCUGAGUUUAGUAGAAGUUAAAGCAUGGUCGCAUCUUCUCUGUUGAAUUUCGCACCCACGACAGCAUUGGCUUUUCACUCGUCAAUUCCAACAUCAAUAAAGGAGCAAGACGCUCAUUUUCCUGACUUGAAUUCGAGUUUGGCUUGCUGUUAAACUUUGUCAACGUACUGGAAGUACAACACAUUGGGA